GUAUGGACAUGUAGAGAAACUGGCAGAAGAGAUCAAGAAGGGGGCAGCAUCUGUUGAAGGUGUCGAAGCCAAAUUAUGGCAGGAUUCUCUACCAGGGAUUUUAGAUCUACUUAUUUUAGGAAGAAAUUUUGGAAGUGGUAUUUUAGUUUAUUUAGUAUUUCUAAUUAGUGUUUGUUUAAUAUUUUCUUCUUGUUUUGGGAUUCCUAAUCCUAGUACUAGUAUGACUAAUUAUAAUAAUAUACAUAUUUGUCGUCUAGGUAUUUUGGUAGCUAUUAUUAUGAUUAUUAUUGAUGAUUGACAAUUUAAUAAGAGCGAGAAUUUUGUUCCUUGUGUCUUUGAGUGCUCUUGGGAUUGCAAUAUAUGUUUAUGCAAGUUUCUUGACUAGCUAACUUGCUGCAGCACAAUCAUGCUGUUCAAUCUUCUUUGGAAUUUCAUGUCUAAUUGUCUGAGUAAUGCUAAUGACCACAGUUUUCUGUGCUCAUUUGCUUUGAGCACUUCUGGUAGCCAUGUCUCUAUAUGUUGAUAAGCAGCCAUGGAUGUCAGAAAAGCCUGUUCCGGAGACCCUGCCAGAGGAGGUGCUUGGAAAGAUGAGUGCACCCCCAAAGAGUGACGUGCCAGUCCUUUCUCCCAAUGAACUUGCUGAGGCUGAUGGGUUUGUUUUUGGCUUCCCAACAAGAUUUGGAAUGAUGGCUGCCCAAUUUAAAGCAUUUUUGGAUGCAACUGGUGGCUUAUGGAGAACACAGCAACUAGCAAGCAAACCUGCUGGAAUCUUCUAUAGCACUGGUUCUCAAGGUGGUGGACAAGAGACUACAGCGUUGACUGCAAUCACUCAGCUUGUUCACCAUGGAAUGAUAUUUGUUCCCAUUGGUUAUACAUUCGGUGCUGGCAUGUCUGAAAUGGAGAAAGUGAAAGGCGGAAGUCCUUAUGGUGCUGGAACUUAUGCUGGGGAUGGUUCAAGACAGCCCUCUGACCUGGAGUUGGAGCAGGCUUUUCACCAGGGCAAGUACAUUGCUACCAUCACAAAGAAGCUUAAGGGAUCUGCUUAAUUUCAUUUCAUACAGAAGUACAGUUCAGUCUAUAUUUUUCUACCCUAUAGAUUUUGUGUUUGUGAAGAAUAAUUAUUGCUUUCCUGGUUAUAUGUUUUUUAUGUGUGUUACAUAAUAAUGGUUUCUCUCAAAUGAUAAAAGGCUGUUUACUUCUUCUGUACCAUCUUCUCCACUUUGAUGGAUCAUAAGAUACUGCUCUUCAUUUUCACUAUUUGUGGGUCUGUACCAAUUUAACUUCAGCAAUGAACAAGAAUUAUAUGAAAUAUGAUUGAAUGAAAUGAGUAUUCAUGGGCA